AUGUCUGACCCAGUAAUUCUUCGAAGUGUAAAGAAAUUUGGAGAGGAGAAUGGUGGUUUUGAGUCAGAUAAAUCAUAUAAUAAUGAUAAGAAAUCAAGGUUACAAGAUGAGAAGAAAGGUGAUGGCGUUCGAGUUGGCUUCUUUCAAUUGUUUCGGUUUUCUUCAUCAACUGACAUUUGGCUGAUGUUUGUGGGAAGUUUGUGUGCGUUUCUCCAUGGAAUAGCCCAGCCAGGCGUGCUGCUCAUUUUUGGCACAAUGACAGAUGUUUUUAUUGACUAUGACAUUGAGUUACAAGAACUCCAGAUUCCAGGAAAAGCAUGUGUGAAUAACACCAUCGUAUGGACUAACAGCUCCUUCAACCAGACCAUGACAAAUGGAACACGUUGUGGCAACUUCAGAAUUUUUUUCCUCCCCUCCCUGGCACUGCCAGUCCCAAGCCCUGUGCAGCAACAUGGUAGUGCUGCUGGGAAAAAUGCCGAAAUAUGCUUUUGGGUCAUUGCCGCAGCUCGUCAGACACAGAAAAUGAGAAAAUUUUACUUUAGGAGAAUAAUGAGAAUGGAAAUAGGAUGGUUUGACUGCAAUUCAGUGGGGGAGCUGAAUACAAGAUUCUCUGAUGAUAUUAAUAAAAUCAAUGAUGCCAUAGCUGACCAAAUGGCCCUUUUCAUUCAGCGCAUGACCUCGACCAUCUGUGGGUUCCUGUUGGGAUUUUUCAGUGGUUGGAAAUUGACCUUGGUUAUUAUUUCUGUCAGCCCUCUCAUUGGGAUUGGAGCAGCCACCAUUGGUCUGAGUGUGUCCAAGUUUACGGACUAUGAACUGAAGGCCUAUGCCAAAGCAGGGGUGGUGGCUGAUGAAGUCAUUUCAUCAAUGAGAACGGUGGCUGCUUUUGGUGGUGAGAAAAGAGAGGUUGAAAGGUAUGAGAAAAAUCUUGUGUUUGCCCAGCGUUGGGGAAUUAGAAAAGGGAUAGUGAUGGGAUUCUUUACGGGAUUCGUGUGGUGUCUCAUCUUUCUGUGUUAUGCACUGGCCUUCUGGUAUGGCUCCACACUUGUCCUGGAUGAAGGAGAAUAUACACCAGGAACCCUCGUCCAGAUUUUCCUCAGUGUCAUAGUAGGAGCUUUAAAUCUUGGCAAUGCCUCUCCUUGUUUGGAAGCCUUUGCAACUGGACGUGCAGCAGCCACCAGUAUUUUUGAGACAAUAGACAGAAAACCCAUCAUUGACUGCAUGUCAGAAGAUGGUUACAAGUUGGAUCGAAUCAAGGGUGAAAUUGAAUUCCAUAAUGUGACCUUCCACUAUCCUUCCAGACCAGAGGUCAAGAUUCUAAAUAACCUCAACAUGGUCAUUAAACCAGGGGAAAUGACAGCUCUGGUAGGACCCAGUGGAGCUGGAAAAAGUACAGCACUGCAGCUCAUUCAGCGACUCUAUGAUCCCUGUGAAGGAAUGGUGACCGUGGAUGGCCAUGACAUUCGCUCUCUUAACAUUCAGUGGCUUAGAGAUCAGAUUGGGAUCGUGGAGCAAGAGCCAGUUCUGUUUUCUACCACCAUUGCAGAAAAUAUUCGCUAUGGCAGAGAAGAUGCAACAAUGGAAGACAUAGUCCAAGCUGCCAAGGAGGCCAAUGCCUACAACUUCAUCAUGGACCUGCCACAGCAAUUUGACACCCUUGUUGGAGAAGGAGGAGGCCAGAUGAGUGGCGGCCAGAAACAAAGGGUAGCCAUCGCCAGAGCCCUCAUCCGAAAUCCCAAGAUUCUGCUAUUGGACAUGGCCACCUCAGCUCUGGACAAUGAGAGUGAAGCCAUGGUGCAAGAAGCACUGAGUAAGAUUCAGCAUGGGCACACAAUUAUUUCAGUGGCUCAUCGCUUGUCUACGGUCAAAGCUGCAGAUACUAUCGUUGGUUUUGAACAUGGCGCUGCAGUGGAAAGAGGCACCCAUGAAGAAUUAUUGGAAAGGAAAGGUGUUUACUUCACUCUAGUGACUUUGCAAAGUCAGGGAAAUCAAGCCCUUAAUGAAGAGGACAUAAAGGAUGCAACUGAAGAUGACAUGCUUGCGAGGACCUUUAGCAGAGGGAGCUACCAGGAUAGUUUAAGAGCUUCCAUCCGGCAACGCUCCAAGUCUCAGCUUUCUUACCUGGUGCACGAACCUCCAUUAGCUGUUGUAGAUCAUAAGUCUACUUAUGAAGAAGACAGAAAGGACAAGGACAUUCCUGUGCGGGAAGAAGUUGAACCUGCCCCAGUUAGGAGGAUUCUGAAAUUCAAUGCUCCAGAAUGGCCCUACAUGCUGGCAGGGUCUGUGGGUGCAGCUGUGAACGGGACAGUCACACCCUUAUAUGCCUUUUUAUUCAGCCAGAUUCUUGGGACUUUUGCACUUCCUGAUAAAGAUGAACAAAGGUCACAGAUCAAUGGUGUGUGCCUACUUUUCGUAGCAAUGGGCUGUGUAUCUCUUUUCACCCAAUUUCUACAGGGAUAUGCCUUCGCUAAAUCUGGGGAGCUCCUAACAAAAAGACUACGUAAAUUUGGUUUCAGGGCAAUGUUGGGGCAAGACAUUGGCUGGUUUGAUGACCUCAGAAAUAGCCCUGGAGCAUUGACAACAAGACUUGCUACAGAUGCUUCCCAAGUUCAAGGGGCUGCUGGCUCUCAGAUUGGGAUGAUGGUCAAUUCCUUCACUAACGUCACUGUGGCCAUGAUCAUUGCCUUCUACUUUAGCUGGAAGCUGAGCCUGGUCAUCUUGUGCUUCUUCCCCUUCUUGGCUUUAUCAGGAGCCACACAGACCAGGAUGUUGACAGGAUUUGCCUCUCGAGAUAAGCGGGCCCUGGAGAUGGUGGGACAGAUUACAAACGAAGCCCUCAGUAACAUCCGCACUGUGGCUGGAAUUGGAAAGGAGAGGAGGUUCAUUGAAACACUUGAGACUGAGCUGGAGAAGCCCCUCAAGACAGCCAUUCAGAAAGCCAACGUUUAUGGAUUCUGCUUUGCCUUUUCCCAAUGCAUCCUGUUUGUUGCAAAUUCUGCUUCCUACAGAUAUGGAGGUUACUUAAUCCCCAAUGAGGGGCUCCAUUUCAGCUACGUGUUCAGGGUGAUCUCUGCAGUUGUACUGAGUGCGACAGCUCUUGGAAGAACCUUCUCUUACACCCCAAGUUAUGCAAAAGCUAAAAUAUCAGCUGCACGCUUUUUUGAACUGCUGGACCGACAACCCCCAAUCAGUGUAUACAGUAGUGCAGGAGAAAAAUGGAACAACUUCCAGGGGAAGAUUGAUUUUGUUGAUUGUAAAUUUACAUAUCCUUCUCGACCUGACACGCAAGUUCUGAAUGGUCUCUCAGUGUCGAUUAGUCCAGGGCAGACACUGGCAUUUGUUGGGAGCAGUGGAUGUGGCAAAAGCACCAGCAUUCAGCUGUUGGAACGUUUCUAUGAUCCUGAUCAAGGAAAAGUGAUGAUAGAUGGGCAUGACAGCAAAAAAGUAAACAUCCAGUUCCUGCGCUCAAACAUUGGAAUAGUUUCCCAGGAACCAGUGUUGUUUGCCUGUAGCAUAAUGGACAAUAUCAAGUAUGGAGACAACACCAAAGAAAUUCCCGUGGAAAGAGUCAUAGCAGCUGCAAAACAGGCUCAGCUGCAUGAUUUUGUCAUGUCACUCCCAGAGAAAUAUGAAACUAACGUUGGGUCCCAGGGGUCUCAACUCUCUCGAGGGGAGAAACAACGCAUUGCUAUUGCUCGGGCCAUUGUACGAGAUCCUAAAAUCUUGCUACUAGAUGAAGCCACUUCUGCCUUAGACACAGAAAGUGAAAAGACGGUGCAGGUUGCUCUAGACAAAGCCAGAGAGGGUCGGACCUGCAUUGUCAUUGCCCAUCGCUUGUCUACCAUCCAGAACGCGGAUAUCAUUGCUGUCAUGGCACAGGGGGUGGUGAUUGAAAAGGGAACCCACGAAGAACUGAUGGCCCAAAAAGGAGCCUACUACAAACUAGUCACCACAGGAUCCCCCAUCAGUUGA